AUGGAUGACUUAGGUCUACGGCCACAAUCUAUAAGUCGCGAUAAGAUAAAUUCAUACUCGCAUUUAAGUGAUUUAAUUGACUUUGUCACGUUCGAGAAUGCCACUCCAAGCGUACUCAUUGGAGCGGAACACUGGCAUCUCUCAAUAAACCGAGAGGUUCGGACCGGAGGGAAAAAUGAUCCCGUCGCUUGCCUGACAGCGCUUGGCUGGACACUGUAUGGUGUUGCUUCCUCCCGAACAAAACUCAUUGAAUUUGUAAACCACACCUUUGUGAGGUACGAUGACGACAGUAUUGAAACUCUAUUAAAGGAACAAUAUAAACUUGACUCCAUAGGUAUAAAACAUACAGACACAUCGCUCAACAAACAGGAUCAACGCGCAGUCGACAUUUUAGAGGCGACUGCUAGGCGGCUACCCUCUGGUCGUUUUGAAGUAGGUAUGCCUUGGCGCGACGACGUUAUACGCGUCCCUGACAGUCACCCCCAAGCGUUGUCUCGUUUUUUAAGUUUGGAGCGUCGUAUGUCCAAAGAGCCUGAGUUCGCUAAGGCAUACACCGAGUUCAUGAAUAACAUGAUUGACAAGGGUUACGCAGAGGAGUGUUCUCCAGAGUCUUACCACGUUUUUCAUAAAAAAGACUGUGACAACUUGCGGCUUUAUCUCCCACAUUUUGGCGUAUACCAUCCUCAAAAACAAAAGGUUAGGGUUGUGCACGACGCAGCAGCUAGAAACGAGGGUAUAAGUUUAAAUUCCCUGCUGAUCCCUGGUCCUGAUCUACUACAAUCUCUUCUCAAAAUUUUAUUUCGGUUUCGGGAAGGCCUCGUCGCGAUGACAGCCGACAUUAAGGAAAUGUUUCCUCAAGUUCGGAUAAGGGAACAGGACAGAGACGCUCUUCGAUACUUGUGGAGGUCAGACAAAUCACAACCCCUUAAAGAGUUUAGGAUGACAUCGGUCAUAUUCGGUGCGUGCUGUAGCCCCUUUGUAGCACAGUUUAUAAAAAACAAAAAUGCUCGCGAACAUGCUCACCAGUUCCCUAAAGCCGUAGACGCCAUCUUGUUCAGUCAUUAUAUGGACGACUACAUCGAUUCUCAAGAUGACGUAAACGAGGCCGCCCAUUUAGCUGCGGACAUAGUCAAGGUGCAUGGUGCAGCCUGUUUCGAGAUGCGAGGAUGGAUCUCCAAUAAGUCAGAGGCACUUAAGCUUGUCCCCGAGGACUUGAGAGCUGUCCAACAAGUGGAGGUUGAUCUUGGUGAGUCAGCUAGUUUCAUACGAGCUUUAGGCAUAGCGCGGUACCCCAGCACAGAUUUUAUAGGGUUUCGCACGGGUUUGACUGAAACGGCGCCAGUCAAAUUGACUAAGAGGAAGGUUUUGUCGCACAUAAUGCGCGUUUAUGACCCUUUGGGUUUGUUAGGGCCCAUUGUUGUACAAGGGCGAAUACUUUUUCAACAAACUUGGCGGACUAACGUCGGCUGGGACACCGACCUUCCCCAAACUGAGGCAUCAAAAUGGUCUGAUUGGUUUCGAGACCUGUCUAAAGUCACGGCGUUAAAGAUUCCGCGUUGGUACUCGGGCGUAAAGGGAUCUGAACCCUCUUUUAGAGAGCUGCAUGUUUUUUCCGACGCGAGCGAGCUCGCCUAUGCCUGUGUUGCUUACUGGCGUUUACUUUACCCCGACGGAAGCAUCAAGGUCGCUCUCAUAGCGAGCAAAGCCAGAGUUUCCCCAUUAAGACCGAUUUCGAUUCCACGCUUGGAACUGCAGGCCGCUUUGAUAGCCUCACGGCUUGGGGUCACCAUCAAGGACAGUCAUCGCAAAAAAUCUAUCCGUACUUAUUUUUGGACUGACUCGAUGACUGUCCUUCAGUGGUUACGUAACGACGCACGAGCCUUUAAACCUUUCGUUGCCCAUCGGCUUGGAGAGAUAUUAGAAAAUUCGUCAGUCGAAAAUUGGCGAUGGGUACCGACAGAUUUGAACGUGGCCGAUGAUGCAACGAGGUUGCGCCCUAUAAAUUUGGACGCUACCCAUAGGUGGUUUAGCGGUCCCUCAUUUCUUUUGAAAUCUUCGGAGGACUGGCCCUCAGAGCCAUUGAAUGUCCCACCAGUUCGAGACGAGUUGAAAUGUCCGCGGAACGAAUUGGUGGGAUUACUCACGAUAGGCGCGGUCAUUCCCGACCCAGUCACACCUCCUUUGGACCGUUUUAGUGACUGGGUGCGCUUGUUGCGUGCCACAGCACGAAAGCAUCAAGCCGCGGCUUUGUUUAAAAACUGUUUGGCUACCGCUCAUCAACGUCUCCGCCGCUUGUCCACGCCCGCCACGCUGCCGCCUCUCGAUGCCGAUCUCAUGAAAGCCGCAGAAAGGCAUGUUUUACGACGGAUCCAACUCGAGUCAUUCCAGAACGAAAUCCACCUUAUCGUCAACUCGAAGCCAAUCCCCUCGAGCAGCCGCAUUUCCAAAUUGUCGCCCUCGCUGGGAGAGGACAAGCUCCUGCACUUGGCUGGGCGAAUUAAAGCGGUCGAAAACGUGGACCCCAACGUACGCUCUCCGAUCUUACUCGAUGGACGUCACCCAGCUGCCCGAUUAUUGGUCGAACAUUACCAUCGGCGAGCCGGCCAUGCCAACCAUGAAGCAGUCAUCAAUGAAAUUAGACAAAGGUUUUGGCUUCUCAGACUCAGAAACACCGUCAGAACCGUCGCGAACCGAUGCCUACAAUGCAGAAUACGAAAAGCCGCACCGUUGAAUCCACCGACAGGAGACCUGCCGCCACAAAGACUGGCACACCAUCAGCGGCCGUUCACUUUCACUGGCCUCGAUUAUUUUGGCCCCGUAAACGUGACUGUCGGCCGCCGCCACGAGAAACGAUACGUAGCGCUCUACACAUGUCUCACGACGAGGGCUCUACAUCUGGAAUUGGUGCAUAGCCUGUCCGCUGAUUCGGCGAUUAUGAGUCUUCGCCGCUUCAUAGCCAGAAGAGGACCACCAGAUACCAUUUUCUCCGAUAAUGGCACGGCGUUUGUGGGAGCAAAUCGGAUUCUUCGAGAAUUUUUUAACGAAAAUGUACGAGACUUCGUGGCUACCAAGGCGAUCCGCUGGAAGUUUAUACCCCCGGCGGCUCCCACUUUUGGAGGUGCGUGGGAGAGGAUGGUGAAAACCGUGAAGGUGGCCCUUGGAGCGACUCUGAAGGAAAGGUCGCCCAAAGAGGAAACUUUAGCGACGCUUUUGGCGGAGGCUGAGGCGAUCGCCAAUUCGCGACCUCUCACGCACGUCUCAGUGGAGCCUGAUGACCCGACGACCAUCACGCCAUUUCAUUUUUUACUUGGAGGGUUGCCAGCUCAAGUAUCUACGCCGGAAACUGCAGACUGCAACCUUUUUGGCCGAGCAGAGUGGAGAAAAGCCUUACGCCUCGCCGACCUGUACUGGAAACGCUGGGUGCGCGAGGUGCUCCCGACAUUACAGCCCAGACAGUCUACCCGGAGUCACGCAACGGUUCGAGUUGGCGAUACAGUCAUAAUCUGCGACGGGACACUGCCCAGAGGAUUGUGGCCACUUGGUCGGAUCAGCCAGCUUCACCCCGGGCGAGACGGAGUCUGCAGGGCGGUGGACGUGGACACAGCUGCGGGCACGCUGCGCCGCCCCCUCAGAAAGAUUGUGGAAAUUGGUGCAAUGCUGCACGAGGGGGAGGAUGUUGCGAACUCUUCGUAG